GACUGGGAAGUACGCCCACCUGCUACAGUUUUCAGGCGCUUCGGAGCUCUUUUCUUUGGUAGCUCCUUGGAGCAAGGAGAAAGCCACCCACCGGAAGCACCUGUAGCAAGUGAGCCAGUGGUGAGCAGGUGCGCGGGGCGCGGGAUCCAGCGCUUCGCCCGGGUUGCCGGGCUGCGAGGGCGGGCCUUGACCCGGACGGUUCGCUGGGAAGCAACGCCCCACAGAGUUUUGUCAUUUCCUGAGCACAGCUGGGACAAGGACUGCCUCAUCAUGCUGAAACGGGCGGCUGCAGCUGCCAUCGGAGGAGCACUGGCCGUGGGCGCUGUGCCCGUGGUGCUCAACGUAGUGGGCUUCACCGGGGCGGGAAUCGCAGCCUCUUCCCUAGCUGCCAAGAUGAUGUCGGCUGCAGCCAUAGCCAACGGGGGUGGAGUCGCCGCAGGCAGCCUGGUGGCGACUCUGCAGUCGGUGGGGGCAGCUGGGCUCUCCACCUCAUCCAACAUCCUCCUGGCCUCUGUCGGGUCUGCUUUUGGUGCCUGGUUGGGAGGUUCAAAAGAGACUACACCUCCUCCCCCAGCUGAACCCAAGACUGAAGAGGAGCAACCAGGAGAAAACGUACCCCAAGUUGAAUCUCCAAACACCCCACUCGAAUCAGAGGAAGAUGAGAAAUAAAGAUCCAUACUGA